GUCACCGCAUGGUCGCUUGGAGUCACCCCAUCAUUCUUGAAACCUGAUCCUGAAAUUGUGGUGGUUCUCGGCGUAGAGAUAAGUACGAGCUUUUGGUAUCUGCCUGCAUUAUUCCCUCUGAUCCCAUCAACAAUAACAAAGUACCUACAAUCUUCGAUUAUCAGCCCUCCACUCUUGCUCAUCUCCUCCUUUUCACUCGUCUAUCAACCUUGGAGAACAAAAGGGAUCACAAUGUCUGACGCAGCCCCUGCGCUUCUCAUCGUCCUCAUCACUAUCCUUCUCCCACCUGUUGGUGUUUUCCUAGUCGCAGGCUGCGGCGCUGACCUAUUCGUCAACAUCUGUCUCACGGUCCUUGGCUACCUCCCUGGACACAUUCACGCUUUCUACAUUGAAUAUGUCUACUUCGAUCGACGCGAACAAGCCAGAACCGGCCAGUUGACUGGCUCUGAUGCACCGGGCGUAUACUCGGACAGAGUACAAAGUGGCGGACAUCAAGGCUACGGCACGAUUUAAAGCUCAAUACUGUACUGGAAAGGUCAAUUUGACUUUCGAGGAGUCUACAGAUGUUGGACUAGUGAAACACAUUGAUUUGCCCCCAAGGGACUGUCGACCUCGAUACAGCACCUGCGUCCUUUGGGGGCCUUUUCAAAUCUUGGGUUGGUCAGGCGAAUGGGUAUGAUAUCAGUUAUCUGUCGAUGGAUGCGCUGUGGGUUGGAGGUAGUAAUGUCAGCUUGAGAGUCUGAUGGAGCAUUUUAAGUUGGAAAGCAGUCAGAAGUGAAGCAGUACAUGUUCAUGGCUGCUUUAGUUGUCACGAAUACCCCAAGAUCGCUCUCUGCUGGGACAAGCUCAUGAAUAAAACCAAGAUUCAGAGGCGUCGUUGAGGUAAAGAGACUGGAAUUUCCAAGUAGAUAACACUAAAAUUCCAACUGGGUCAUCACUGCCGGUAGCUCUCGUAGACCUGGAGGCCAUAAACGUACCUGUGAAGCCUC